CGGCGCUCCCUCAACGCGACGGCCUGACUCUUGACAUCCAACAUGGAGCCGCAGGAGGAGGCGCCAACGCUCGGGGAGUCCGUGCCUCGGCCUCCUGGGGCCUCGGGGUCGCCGACGCCGGACGGGGAGGAGGAGCGGCCGGAGGGCAGCGCCCCGCUGGCGGCGGCUCCCGCGGAAGCCGAGGGGGACAGCGCGGGCGCCGACGGGCUGUGGGGGCUGCCGGUGGAGCACGCCGAGCGCAGGCCCGAGUGCAGCCGCUGCCGCCGGCCCCAGAAAGUGUGCUUGUGUCCAUAUCUACCAGUGCACCCGCUCCAAAUCUCCACCCAUUUGUACAUAAUUCAGCAUCCAGCAGAGGAAAGCAAAGUGUUGCGCACAGUCCCUCUGCUAGCGGCAUGCCUCCCCCCUGACAAGUGCACGGUAAAGAUUGGCCGCCGCUUCAGUGAAGAGCGAGAUUUUGAACUUUCAACUGUUUGCCGGGACUCUGGUACAUUAAUAUUAUAUCCAGGGGCUGAAGCUACUAAUUUGGAAGAAUUUAUAUUAGAUUCUCCUGUCUAUCCUUCCACAAUCAUCCUCAUUGAUGGUACAUGGAGCCAGGCUAAGGACAUUUUCUAUAAGAAUUCCUUGUUCCGACUUCCCAAACAGGUGCAGUUAAAAACUAGCAUUUGUAGUCAGUAUGUAAUUCGGAUGCAACCCACUAGCAGGUGCCUUUCUACCCUAGAAUGUGCUGCUGCUGCUCUUUCCAUCUUGGAGAAAAAUAACUAUAUACAAGAGACUUUGCUUCGCCCUCUUCAAGCGUUAUGUUCUUUCCAGCUUCAGCACGGUGCUCAGAUUCGCCUCAGCAAGGAAUAUCUUCUGAAAAACGGAUUAUAUCCCAAGCCAAUGCCAAAGAACAAGCGCAAACUCAGGAAGAUGGAGCUGUUGAUGAACAGUGUUAAAAUUUAGCCCAGUGUUCCCAUGAUGCUCCUUCACCUGUCUUUAGCUGACAAGACUUGGUAAACUUUCCCCCAGUUUAGGCUUGAGGGCUUUGACUCUGAAGAAGGAAUGCUGACAGGUACUUGUGCGGAAAGAGUUGGUCUGCUAAACAGCAUCAUGCAGCACACUUACACCCACUCUGUGAAAAGCAGUCUUUUGUUUUGUUUUUUUGUUUUUUUGAGGCCAGGUUUCUCCGUGUAGUCUGUAGACCAGGCCAGCCUCAAACUCAUAGAUCCACCUUCCUCUGCCUCCUGAGUGCUGGGAUCAAAGGUGUGCGCCACUACCAUCCAGAUACUGUAUUUGUUUUUUAAAUAUGUGCUUCUAAUACAUUGUUUUAGAUCUCUUCAAAAUACAAUUAGUUGUUGGUUUAGAGUAAAGAGUGUGUAUAAAAUGAAGACAGUUCAGCCUGGGAACAGUGUUGUUUCCAUCAGCGUUUGUGGAUACCUAGGUAUGUAGAGAUCAGUGGUGGCAUAUACCCUGCAUUAGUUUCAGCCUUACUGUGAAAUAAGUGGCAAAAGAGGGUUACUUGUUUUAUUAACUAGUAGAAAGAAACAGGGAAACUUCACUGUUUAGGGUUGAACAUGGACUCCGUGAAUGUGAUUUACACCCUGUAAUUGUCUGGAUUCCUGUAGAGUGCAUUUAACUUUGAAAUAGCCUACAUUCUCUUUGGCAUUUGCUUUGCCUCAGUUUUAGUUUUUCAGUAUUCAUUUAACAAGUUUACUCGUUGUGGUAAGAGGUUGUUGAUGAAGUUUCUGUAUGGAAAUGGCUGAAGUAGAGUAUAAUGCAGUUAUCAUUUUGAAAACAUACUUCUGUAAGUAGCUCUACUUAAAAAAAAUUUUUAAGAGCAAAAGCUUUCAAUAUGAAAGAUCAAAUUUCUCACCCUAUUAGGAGAAUAUUUGCUGAGAUUUUGUAUAGAAUAAGAGAAAUUUAUAUACUCUAUAUUUAUAUUCAAUUUAUAGUUAAGAAAACACUUUGGCAAGAUCAGGGUGUUUCAUUUUGACCUUUGUUCCUGAUUACUACAGUUCCUUGAAUCCAGUGUUAAAUGGAAGGAAAAAUCAAGCAUGCAGUUUAGUGGUGAUUUUGAUAAAUACCUGUGUGUGACACAAAUAUACACUGGUUUUUGAUGUUUUUCAUGCUCAUUUGCUUAUUAUUGGCUCAGAUUAGACACUCAUUAAUAGCUUGGCUGGUCCCAAUUAGAAUGCUAACAAAUAUAUAGCAAGUUAUAUGAAAAUAUUUUAAAAUAUUAAAAUCAGAUUUGUGACUUCAAUUGCUGACUUAUAUUUGCAUUUAAAAAUAAGUUGGCCUUUUAUAACCUAAAU